AGUCCGUUCAGUGUAACAACUCGGUCAAUCUAUUGUAGCGUUAACUGGCAACGUGAAAAUAUAAACAAUAAAAAAAACAGUAGUUAAUAAAUUGUUUUGGACGUUAUACCAUUUUAAGUAGGUUCGCAUCUGUAUGUAAUUCUAGAUAAGAAUUCGGAAACUUUACUGUAAAUUAUGAAUUUCUUCAGCUACAGUUCAGUUCCUUGUUUCAGGCCGGAACGAUAAAAGGUCGGAAUACAAAUAGCCACGUAGGGGCUAAGCAAGACUGUCGUUUGAAAGGGAAGGACUGUGUAAUGCGCUUGUAGCGGGUGCGAGCGGAGUCCAUCUUGUUGUCUUCCCGCGGGCGACGCCGAGCGCUGGUGAAAAUGGUGUGAAGGAGAGCACGCGCGCUUCCCCCACCCCCCCCAACCCCCGCAGAGCCCACCCCCUCGGCCCAUGGGCGCCGUCCGGCGAAGUGCCGUCUGAAACCAGUACUUUGUGACCGAGAGAGGAAGUGGCACAGCUGCUGCUGCCGCCGUCAGCGCCGCCGCCGCCGCGAUGGAAACUGAAGCUGAGGCGCGUGACUCGCCGCCGCUGCCGCCGGCGCAGACCAAAGAGAACCUCGCCGAGCCCGUCAGGAACGGCGCGGACGCGGAGCCGCUGAAACGAGGCCCGGCGGAGGAGCCCACAGCCGCCGGGGACGCGGUUAACGGUCCUGUGAGCGCGGGCACGCUGCCGAACGGAGACAGAAUGGCGGUUGGUCCGGGCGCCGGGGUGGACGGGCAGGCGAACGGGCCCCUGCCCGCGCCCCCGUCCCCGUCCCCUGCCCACGGCGCCCCCCGCCCCGUCAGCCCCCCCACCAAAGAGCCGUCUCCAGGUGCGGCCUCCCCUCCCCCCCCGCUAGAGAAGUCUCAGGGACAUAAUGCUGAGGGUCCUGUUCACAGUGGAGACGCAUUGCAGUCUCUCAGGCUAAGCAUACCUAUGCAGGAGACUGAACUGUCCUCCCAGGAGCCCUCCCUGGAGCUGGAGAACGAGGAGCAGAUCCGCCUGGCCGCGCGCCGACGCCUCGAGGAGCAGCUCAAGCAGUACCGCGUCCAGCGGCACCAAGAGAGGAGGUCGCAUCACUCCACGCCUAAAAGCCGGCCGUUCAGCACGCUGGACCCGGAGCUGAUGCUGCACCCGGAGGCCCUGCCGCGAGCGAGCAACGUGUCCAUGACCAAGGAGUACUCCUUCUUGCGCACCAGCGUCCCCCGGGGGCCCAAACUGGGCAGCCUGGGCAUCCCGCCGGCCGCCAGGGAGAAGAAGUCGUCCUCCUCCUCCUCCCGCUCGUCCCGCGCGGGCAAGAUCCACUCCCUGGCCGACUACAGGACCCCCGAGUCGGACGGCGGGGCGGGUGGCUCGCCGGGGCGCGCGGCCGCGACCGCCAGCUCCUCCUCGGGGGGGUCGCUGGGGGGGUCGAUGCAGGCCAACAGGACCUCGUCGUCGACGGUGUCGGAGGUGAGCGUGACCUCCGACCCCGCGGCUGAGCGGGCGGAGCCGUCGGUGCUCCUCCUCGGCGACAGCGUCUCCGAGGCGGACGGCAGCGAGUCGGGCGCCCGGCCGGACGGGAACGACAGCGACAGCUCGUCCUACAGCGGCGUGUCGGCGGGGCGGAGCUACGCCACGCUCGCCGCGGCGGUGGGCGGGGCCAGGGCGCCCUACACGGUGGACGGCCGGGAGAUCGCGGCCGAGGCCGUGGGCCAGUUCCCCUCCCUGCAGGAGGUGCUGCAGGCGGCCACGGAGGAGCAGCACCUCCUGGAGCUGGAGCAGGAGCGCGAGCGCGAGGGGGAGGAGAGCGGAGAGCCGCGCAGCCGCAGGGACAGCUUCUCCAGCAGCAUCUCCAUGGGAAGCUCGGUGAUGGGGACCCACGACGACCUCCUGCAGGCCCUCAAGGAGAAGAUGAGGCUGGAGGGGCAGCUGGAGUCCCUGUCCUCAGAGGCCAAUCAGGCUCUAAAGGAGAAGACGGAGCUCCAGGCCCAUCUGGCAGCGGUCAGCGCCCAGCUCCAGGCCCAGGCGGAGCAGGCCCAGGCCAGCCAGGAGCGGCAGGCCUCGCUCACCUCGGAGGUGGGCACCCUGCGGCUGAGCUGCUCCCAGCUGGAGCGCGACAUGCUGGAGCUCCAGGGCAGCCUGGAGAGCAAGAACGCCGGCCUGGCCUCGCUGGGCACCGACCUGCAGCUGGCCGAGGAGCAGUACCGCAGGCUCAUGGGAAAGAUGGAGGAGAUGCAGCAGACGGCGGCGUCCAGGGACAAGUCGGUCCAGGAGAUGCGUGAGCAGAUGGGCGGGCUCCAGGCUCAGCUCCAGCAGGUCCAGAUGGAGCGCAGCACCCUGCAGGCCCGGCUCAAGACCUCGCAGGCCCAGAUCGACUCCCUGCAGCAGGUCCGCCUCUGGUACCAGCAGCAGCUGGCGCUGGCCCAGGAGGCCCGGGUUCGACUGCAGGGCGAAAUGGCCAACAUGCAGGCGGGGCAGAUGACCCAGAUGGGCGUGGUGGAGCACCUGAAGCUGGAGAAGGUGACGCUGACGCAGCAGCUGUCGGAGACGCAGCAGCGCUCCAUGAAGGAGAAGGAGCGCAUCGCCCUGCAGCUCCAGAGCAUCGAGGCCGACAUGAUGGACCAGGAGGCGGCUUUCCACCAGAUCCAGGACGCCAAGUCCAUGGUGGAGGACGACCUUCAGCGCAAGCUGGACGAGUUUGAGGAGGAGCGGGAGCACCUGCAGAAGCUGGCCGAUUCGGCCUCCUCUCUGGAGAGGGAGCUGGAGCAGGUGAAGCUGACGCUGUCCCAGAAGGACCUGCAGCUGGAGGCGCUGCAGAAGGAGCACCUAGAGCUGAUGAGGCAGCUGACGGGCGCCCAGGAGAGCCUGCACACCAAAGAACAGUCGCUGAACGCGCAGGAGGCCCGCUACCUGGAGCUGGAGGCCCAGCUGGCCGAGCUGCAGGCCGACGCCACCGCCCGGGAUGACGCCGUGCAGUUCCUGCAGAACGAGAAGAUCGUCCUGGAGGUGGCGCUGCAGGCCGCCCGCGCCGACAGGGAGGCGCUGGGCGAGGGGGCGCAGCAGCUCGGCGAGGGCGUGCUGGUCGCCGCCGACGUCCUGGACGAGCUCCGGCAGGAGGUCCAGGUGAAGGCCUCGCAGAUUGAAACCCUGCAACAGGAAAACAGCACAUUGAAGAAGCAAGCGCAGAAGCUGAAAGAGCAGUUUACGCAGCAAAAGGUGAUGGUGGAGGCCUACCGGCGGGACGCCACCUCCAAAGACCAGCUGAUCAGCGAGCUGAAGACCUCCAAGAAGCGCCUCCUGUCGGAGGUGAAGGGCCUGAAGCAGGAGCUGCUGGAGGCCCAGGGCCAGAGGCAGGAGGCCGAGCUGGAGCAGGGCCGCCUCCAGAAGGAGGUCUCCAGGGUGCAGGAGCAGAUGAGCUCCCUGGAGGCCCAUCUGCAGGCCGUGCAGACGGAGAGGGACCAGCUGGAGACCCAAAUUCAGUCGCUGCAGUUUGACCAGAGCCAGCUAGCGGCCGCGACGGAGGAGAACGAGGGCCUGAGGAAACAGGUGGAGCAAAUGCAGGACGAAGCCAAGAAGGCCAUCUCGGAGCAGAAGGUGAGGAUGAAGAGGCUGGGCACGGACCUGACCAGCGCGCAGAAGGAGAUGAAGGCCAAGCACAAGGCCUACGAGAACGCCGUGGGAAUCCUGAGCCGGCGGCUCCAGGAGGCCCUGGCCGACAAGGAGAGCGCCGAGGCGGAGCUGAGCAAACUCAAGGCCCAGGUCUCGGAUGGAGGGAACAACCAGGCCCUGCAGGAAAGAAUAGAGGCUCUGCAGGCGGAGCUCCAGGCUGUCAGUCAGAGCAAGGCCAUGCUGGAGAAGGAGCUGCAGGAGGUGAUCUCCCUCACCAGCACUGAGCUGGAGGAGUACCAGGAGAAGGUCAUGGAGCUGGAGGACGAGCUUCAAGAGUCGCGGUGCUUCAAGAAGAGGAUCCGCCGUCUGGAGGAAGCCAACAAGAAGCUGUCGCUGGAACUCGAGCACGAGAAAGGGAAACUAGCCGGACUCGGGCAGUCCCACAAUGCACUGCGGGAGCAUUCCAACAUCCUGGAGUCCGCACUUGCCAAAAGGGAAGCAGACCUGGUGCAGCUCAACCUCCAGGUCCAGGCCGUGUUAAAACGCAAAGAGGAGGAAGACCAGCAGAUGAAGCAGCUGAUCCAGUCCCUGCAGGCAGCCCUGGAGAAGGAGAAGGUUAAAGUCAAGGAUCUCAAAGAGCAGGUGGCCGCAGCCAAGGCGGAGGCGGCGCACAAUCGCCGGCACUACAGGGCGGCCAUGCUGGAGCUGAGCGAGAUCAAGAAGGACCUGCAGACCAAGGAGGAGCUGGUCAAAGUGCUGCACACAGAGGCCCAGAAACUCCAGGCCCAGGAUGAGAAGCACUCCCAGGAGGUGUCCCAGUUCCAGGAGGAGCUGGCAGAGGCGCACUCCCAGCUGCAGAUCCUGCAGAAGCAGCUGGAGGAGCAGCUCUCCAAGCAGCCGCUCACCAAUCAGGAGGUGGAGGACCUGAAGUGGGAGGUGGAGCAGAAGCAGAGGGAGAUCGAGGCUCAGAAGCAGCAGCUGGAGAUGGCUGAGCAGUGCAGCCAGAAGGAACUGGAGAGUCUACAGACCGCACUACAGGGUAUCAAGGCGGAACUGGAGGUGGUUCAGGAGGAGCUUAGCGGAACCAGGAAGGACAAGUUCAUCCUCCAGGCCAAGGUGGGAGAGCUGAGGAACAGCAUGAAGACGCUCCUGCAGCAGAACCAGCAGCUCAAACAGGACCUCCGACAGAGCCGUACGAGGAAGCGCAUGGAGCUGAAGGGAGACUCCAACGCCUCCAAGCCGGUCACGCCGGUGAAGAUCCCGGACUGCCCCGUUCCCGCCUCGCUGUUGGACGAGCUGCUGAAGCCCUCCACCUCCGUGAGCAAGGAGCCGCUCAACAACCUGCACAGCUGCCUGCGCCAGCUGAAGCAGGAAAUGGACAGCCUUCAGAAGCAGAUGGAGGAGCACACCGUUACUGUGCACGAGUCCAUGACCUCGUGGACCAACGCAGAGGAGGAGCUUAUCAGACUGGGUGUCCAUGACAACGGCCCAAGUUCUCCGCUCACGGCUGAAAUGGACAGUGGAGACAAGGAGGAGGCGGAGCUAUCGUAACGAACAGGAAUGGCCUCUGACGAACUGUCUUGGAGGGUGGAGUAUCGUCCACCUUGGCACUUUUUUUAACUUCCAGCUUUCUUUAUUUCACCCACCCCUCGUUUGUUACGUACUGCUGCAGCAAACAUUCAGCAUUGUCCUGUCGUUGCAGACAGUGCUUGAGUGGAGCAAACACUUUUUACCAUAGCUUUAUACUUCAUUUGGGUGUUGUAAUAUUUCUUUGUCUAUGUUAUCUUUGUACUUUUAUUUAAUUAUAAUUUAUCAAACAUGGCAUCAACUCUUCAAAUUGACAGUUGCGUUUAAAAGCGGUAGCAGGCUUGGGGUUUACUCUCGUCUUUGCAUUGAAUAGUCACAGAAGAAAAAGGCUUUGCAGCACAGCUACAUGCACUAUUUCAGAAUCAGAUUUUCCCCAUUUCUGUAUCUUCCUCUCCGAUUUUAGUUAUCCAUACGUUUUAAACAGUUUGCCAUUUUAAUUUUCUUCCUCCUUCAAGAUGUCAUGGUGGUUCGAUACGGUCACUGUCGCUGCUCAGAGGGGUGGCCAGCGCUAAGAGACGCUAGCCUUUGCACACGUACGCUGGCUACCCUUCCGCACGCCCCUCCCAACUGUUCUUCCAUUCUCCUGUGCCUGGAAAUGGGCGGAGCCUCUCCACUCUGCCCUUCCCAGUGCUGGGCGUGAACUGCAACUCCCAUAACCCCCCGGGGUCUGGAGAAGGUCAUGACCCCUGGUCAUCAAAUGGGGGGCCCAGCCUCGUCCACCUUUUUCAGGGUAAUAGUGUUGAAGGUUCUGCGUGAGUCAUCAUUCGGACUGCGGUUCCGUUCUGACGGUUAAAAUAGUAUUGGGCAUCAGGCGUUGCACUGUUCAACAGUCUUCAUUCUUCUGGUUUCUGUGGUAAAUUAGAGUUUGUGGUUUGGCAGUGGUUAUGGCAGUGCCAUAAUUACAUAGUUGAGAGAAAUCUCCAGUUUGCUGUUUUGGGAAGUUCAGUGUUUUGAAUGACCCCUCUGUAUUACAGUUUGAAAGAAUGUACGCAAGGUGUGUGUAAAAUAAAAUUUUAGUCGUCUGCCUGGCUGUUUGAAAAGACCUGACUGAGUUCUAUAUGGGAGAGAUCCGCUGAUGUUGAGAGUUAAACGUCAGAGAGAAAAACUUAAGAGAGAGUGUUAUUAUCUUUACGCUUAAUGUUACUGCUUCUGUGAGUAUGACUUACUCAAAUUUAUUACGUUCUGGAUUUUUUGUUUUGUUUCGUUUCAUUGUUACUAUGCUUCUGUAUUUAAUGUAACGGUCUCCUGUCAAAGCCAUGUUAAUUAUUGCGCUGUUCAUUCUCUGUCGGAUACAGCCUUAAUUAUUAUUUAGGAUAGGGUGUUCUCCAACCUACUUGGCAAAUUUGAAAUAUCUAAAUAUAGAGUAAUAUACAGUGUUCUACGGUCUUCUCUGUUAAUGUGUUCUAUUUUCUGUUAUUUAUAACUGUAAUGGUUAACUAUGGUUAACACUGUGAUUGGACUGACAUUGGUGGGAGAAAAUUGGUUGCCAGAGAAAUAUGACCCAAUUUAAAAGCAUAUUAUGGAAUGGAAAAUAUACAAUAUUAAAUGAGUAAAUGCUGAACUGACAAUAAAAUCCUGUACAUUUGUGUGUUGGGGAAAACUUACAUUAAUGCAUACCAUUUUAAAAAUGUAUGUACUAUUCCAUUGAUUAGGAUAUACUGUUGAAGCCUGUUUGAUCAACAAAACCAAUAAUUCUUGGUAAACACUGGUUCUUACCUUGUGCGUUGUGUAAGGGACAAAACUGACAUGUAACCUGUAAUGUCUGUAGCUGAAUGGAGGACUGUGUCGGUCGCCUCAUGGUUGUUGCCUGGUGUUGACCCGGAGUAUAGCAUUUCUAACCUCUUCUGGGUGGCAACCAGCAGGGAUGCCAUUAAAAAACUAUAAACUAACGCACACUGCUCUGUUUAAGGUCCAUAGUACCCUCUGCUGUAACCUGUACAAUUUGGAAAUAUUUCUCCUGGCUGCUUAACGGCAUUGCAUAAGGAACUGUGUGUAUAGUUGCUUCUGGUCUUCUCUUUCAGUUACUGUUAAUACUACGCAUUUGUAAAUUCCGACCAUUGCGGUUUUGGUAAUGUUAAUUUUAAUAUGUACGAAACAUAUUCAUUUAUUUAUGAUUUAUGCCUUUCUCACAAAAUGAAUUGAUUUCUCAUUUUACUGAAGCUGAUUCUAAUCUGUAAAUUUUUUUCUGAACUACAUUUAAAAAGUAAUGCCAUAAUUAUAUAUUUGGUCCUUUUAUACAAAUAAUGCAUGUGUAAAGGCCAGUUUUAAAUGAUUGUCUGACACUUCAUAUAUUUAAGUUGCAGAACUCUUGUUAUUACAGACCCUUUUAUAUUAUAGUAAGAGUCAAUUGAGACACGUGCUUGAAUUUAUGCAAUGGUAUUUUUCAGCCUGUCAAAAUAUACUGACGAUGUACCAGAUACUUUAUCAGUUGGUACAGUUUAAAACUGAAAGUAUACCCAAACGAAACAGGGUAGUGUUGUAGUGGGUCCUGGUUCAGUUUUCAAUUGGAGUAAUCAUGACGAGGCAGAAUAUGAGUGUCGGUACCAUAUGGUCCCGGUGUUAAUUGUAGUUACAUGGGUAUAGCACACAUAGUCGAGUGAAGCGUUUCUUUAAUCAUAACGGUUGAUUUCAAAACUAACAUUACAUGUAUGAUUUUGACUACAUAAACGGCUUUGGCUGACUGAGAAGUCCUGUAUCAGUUAACCGCAUAAGAGCAUGUUGAUAAAUGGAAAACUAAUUUCUUGAAGUCAUGUGCAAUAAACUAUUUUUGGUAAA